AUGAUUUACCUCUAUGCGACGCUGAUAUUGAAUUAUGAGGCUGAUGUGGUUAAAAUUUAUCUGUAUUUUGGAUUAUUAUUUUGGUUCUGGAUUGAAGCUUACUUGUCAUCUAUUAACACUAAAAGAAUCGUUUUUAUUUCCAGGGAUGCUGGUUUCCUGAAGAUGGCCUCACGCACCCCGUCCCUUGAGUCGCUGCCCGGUGCCAACUCUAUAGGUUCCUUGGAGCGUGGCUCCUUAUCGCCCCUGACUUUGAGCGGAUCCUCGCCCCCUGCGAGCGAUUCCGCCGUAUGUGAUCUUCGCGAGUUCGACGUCCUCGACACCACCUGCGCUAUCUGCCGAGAGACUUUCGUCGACCCCAAAGUACUCAAUUGCUUUCACACUUUUUGCCGCGGGUGCCUAGAGCGGGAACAAACUCAUCCCGAGAAAGUCACUUGCGUCACGUGUCGCGUAGACAGCCAGCUGCCACCAGCGGGUGUGCCUGGCCUGUUAACUAACCUUGUAAUCGCCGCCGCGGUCGAGCAGGACGCUGAUCUUUUGCCAACUGCACGUCAGACAGCCUCGCCUUCAGCUCGCUGCACCGGCUGCAAAUCAAAAGAAUCCGACGCUGUUGCGCGCUGCGUAGAUUGCGCCAACUUCCUUUGUCCUAAUUGCGUCAUGGCACACCAAUUCAUGCAUUGUUUCGAAGGCCAUAGGGUUCUUGCCUUCACGGACCUGAAAGACGAUAAAGGCAUGCUCGGCUCACUCACCCCAAGCGGGGACAAGACUGCUUUUUGCCCAAGACAUAAAAAUGAUAUACUGAAGUAUUUCUGCCGUACUUGCUCAGUGCCAGUGUGCAAAGAAUGUACCAUUAUCGAACAUCCAGCAACCUUACACGACUGCGAGCAUCUCUCCGACGCUGGACCUAAACAGCUAGAGCUUAUGCAGCAAGCAGUCAACGAAGCUAAAUCUCGUGCUACCGAAAUAAGGCACGUGGUGAAAACGGUAGAACAUGCAGCGGGAAAAUUACAAGUUCAAUAUCACAAAGCUCAAAAUGAAAUCAAUGACACGUUUCAAUUCUAUCGCUCAAUGCUAGAAGAAAGAAAGCAAGAAUUGCUUAAAGAACUCGAAAGUGUUUUCUCUACUAAACAAAUUGCUUUGACUGUUGUCGGACAAAAAGCUCAAGAAACUGUUGAGAAAAUUUAUCAAACCUGCGAUUUCGUGGAGCGAUUGACAAAGUGUGCAAACAUCGCUGAAAUUCUCAUGUUUAGAAAACUGUUAGAUACUAAACUGCAAUCUUUAAUGAGCACUAAUCCAGAACAGAGCGUUCAAACUGCGUGCGAACUAGAAUUUGUAUCCAAUUAUCAGGCAAUACAAGUCGGAGUAAGGAACACCUUUGGAUAUGUUCGUUCAAGCUCAGAAGCUAAUGUCGGACCCACUAAACAACCGCCUAUCGCUCGUCCAACAAAUGGAUCCCUAUUGAACGGAGGUUCUUCAUCAAGCAGCAGCAGCGUAAAUGGAAGUUCUGGCAGCCUCAAUGGAGGUAUUCAUUUACCUACAGGAUUAAACGGCGUUCUAGAUCGCCCUUACACCAACGGACUACUCGGACCGACAAGUCAGUCAACGUCACCAUUUGAUUCAAACAUUAUUUCAAAAAGAUUUAACAGUCCUAACACUUUGGGGCCGUUCUCUACUGCCAUUGGAGAAAUUAAUCUGAACGGAAUAAAUCCAUAUGAAAAAUGGUCUAACGGUGGCUGCGACACACUGUUCCCACCAACCACUACUGAUCCUUACUCAUUAACAGCGGCUGCGCACAAUGACCCCAUUCUUGAUUUAACUAAUAAGUUGAUAUCCACUGCCAUUUUUCCACCAAAGUCUCAAAUUAAGCGACAGAAAAUGAUUUAUCACUGUAAAUUCGGCGAGUUCGGUGUAAUGGAGGGUCAAUUUACCGAACCCAGUGGCGUUGCAGUUAACGCUCAAAACGACAUAAUCGUUGCUGAUACUAAUAACCAUAGAAUUCAAAUAUUUGACAAGGAAGGAAGGUUUAAAUUCCAAUUCGGUGAAUGCGGUAAGCGUGAUGGACAACUUCUGUAUCCAAAUAGAGUCGCGGUAGUGAGAACUUCAGGUGACAUAAUUGUAACUGAAAGAUCACCAACACACCAAAUACAGAUUUACAACCAGUAUGGUCAAUUUGUAAGGAAAUUUGGAGCCAAUAUUCUUCAACAUCCUCGCGGCGUAACAGUUGACAACAAAGGAAGGAUCGUUGUCGUAGAGUGCAAAGUAAUGCGCGUCAUCAUCUUCGACCAAGUUGGUAACGUUUUACAAAAGUUUGGUUGUUCAAAACAUCUAGAAUUCCCCAACGGUGUUGUGGUCAACGACAAACAGGAAAUAUUUAUUAGUGACAAUCGCGCGCAUUGCGUAAAAGUUUUUAACUACGAAGGUAUUUAUCUGCGCCAAAUCGGUGGUGAGGGAGUGACAAAUUACCCCAUCGGCGUUGGCAUCAACGCGUCUGGAGACAUACUGAUCGCUGAUAACCAUAACAACUUCAAUUUGACGAUAUUCACCCAGGAUGGUCAGCUGGUGUCCGCUUUAGAAAGCAAAGUUAAACACGCCCAGUGCUUCGACGUCGCUUUAAUGGACGACGGUUCAGUCGUGCUCGCCAGCAAAGAUUACCGGCUUUACAUUUACCGCUACGUGCAAGUUCCGCCUAUAGGUAUGUGA